AGUUGAAACGCGUCGCUGCGGCGCGCUUAGCGAAGCGGUGAGUAAAAAUGGCGACGACAUCCGGACACGAAUGAGACUGAACGUUGGCAGCGGUCGGUGAAUAAUGAGAGAAACGCGAGUUAUCAGGUGACAGCGAACGCGUGGCCAAUUUCUGCAAGAUGAUUGGCCGACGUUGCGCUUUUUUCGCCUUGGGCAUCCUCUUGAUUUUGGUUCUCAGCGUGAACAUCUACUUCAUUCGAAUGAUCGUCGAGAGUUCUUCCUCGCAUAAGAUAUACGCAAAGAAUUUACCAGAACCGAAAGCUAGGCAAGAUCCCUCCACGUCCUCCAAUGGAAAAGAUUCGCAGCUGCAACUGAAGUCAAUCACAAGGGAUAUUAGCAAAAAAAUAAAAGAGGAGAUUCGCAUGCUGCCCUCCAAGUAUUUUAAACAGAAUACCAGCUACACUCUCGUCCUAGAACGAUUACUGGCCGAGCUGACGAUAAUGUCGAAUGUCCGCGAAGAUAUCUGGAAUAUUCCCAAUAAUAAUUGGCCGGAUGCACAUCAGUUGAUUCCGCCGGCAGCACCGGAGCUGGGGACUAUUUUGGAGGUUUUGCGGAAAUCUAGAGUGAUCCGUGCGGAUAACGCUCCACUGGGUACACAACUGAAGCUUGUACUCAAUCUCGAGAACAACGUGAAAGCGUUAUUCAAGCCACAAUGGUACUCCAGAGACGCUAUUAUACACGGGCCAGUAUAUCAUGGCAAGGAUCGUCACAAUGCUGAAGUGGUGGCUUUUCAUUUAUCGUCCUUGCUGGCACUGCGAAGAGUGCCACUCACCGUUAUUCGAAAACUUGAUCUAAAACGCGAGGUUGUCAACCGUGCGACACCGGCGUUGUACGCCACUAUGUAUCAAGAAGGUAACGAUACAUGUCUGUAUGGCGUUUGUCAUUACUGUUCCCCAGCCGACCCUGUUUGUGGUACGGGGGACGUAUUGGAGGGUGCUCUCAUCUUUUGGCUUCCGCGAUAUUUAAGACUGGUUAAACAUCGUCAUCCUUGGCAGCGAACUUACAAAAGAAACAAACUUGCUGCGUGGGAAGUAGACGAAGGCUACUGUGAUAAAGUAAAAGACUCCAAGGCUUAUUCACCACAAUCGUCGAGUAGACUUUUGGAUUUAAUCGACACAGCGAUUUUUGACUUUCUUAUGGACAAUGGUGAUCGGCAUCAUUAUGAACUUGCACAGAACAAUUUCCACAAUCCCGCGGUGCUGCUGAUCGAUAACGGAAAAAGUUUAGGCAAUCCUGACGUGGAUCAUCUCGAUAUCUUGGCGCCUCUCUACCAGUGCUGCAUGAUUCACAAGACUACGUGGGAUAGAUUACGAUUAUUUAGCGGUGGCUCUCUAAGCAUCGUGUUAAGUAGACUCUUAGCACAUGAAGCUGAAAUGUCAGAUGUUUCUCCACUCAUUACGGAAGCGCAUUUAAGUGCCAUGGAUAGAAGACUGCUUACCGUUUACGCUGUAAUAGAAAAUUGUCUAAAAAAGAAAAAGUACAUUUCUAAUGUGAUCCUUGAUCAUCGAUAAUUUAAGGACAAUUCUUAGAAUGAGUUAAAAAUUUAGAUAAAAAUGUAAAUGUUUGUAAAAAAUAUAUAGAACUGAAAAUUAAUUAAAUCUAAUAAAAAACUAACAAAAUAAAUAAAUAAUAAAUGAGAA